CUGAGCGGGGGGAGUCUCCUUGGACAGCCUCCUCACACAUGUCCCUGCCUCAGAGCUGCUCAGUUUCAUUGUGAUCUUACUAUGGCCCGUUGGAGCGUCUGGCGCUGCCCGCUGGUGAAGCCUCUGUCCUGGGCAGAGGGGGGGUCCCCCGUGGGUGCCCGCUGCAGCAGCAGUUUACCUGUGGUUCGACAGCCGUACACAGAGAGUGCCAGCAUCAUCCGGCCCUUCAGUGAGGUCCCCGGGCUGUGGAAGAAUGGAUUGGCCAAUCUCUACAACUUCUGGAAACAGGACGGCUUCAGAAACCUCCAUCGCAUCAUGGUGCAAAACUUCAACACGUUUGGGCCCAUUUACAGAGAAAAGAUCGGCUACUACGAGAGUGUAAACAUCAUCAACCCAGAGGACGCAGCUGUUCUGUUCAAAGCCGAGGGCCACUACCCCAAAAGGCUCAAAGUGGAAGCAUGGACUGCAUACAGAGACUACAGAAACCGCAAAUACGGAGUGCUCCUCAAGAGUGGGGAGGACUGGCGUUCCAACCGUGUCAUUCUGAAUAAAGAGGUGAUUGCUCCCAAAGUGCAGGAGAACUUUGUCCCUCUGCUUGAAGAAGUGGGCCAUGAUUUUGUUGCCAGAGUUCACAAAAAAAUCAAGCGAUGUGGUCAAAACAAAUGGACCACGGACUUGUCUCAGGAGCUGUUCAAAUAUGCACUGGAAUCGGUGAGUUUGGUGUUGUAUGGGGAGCGUUUGGGGUUGAUGUUGGACUACAUAGACCCUGAUGCGCAGCAUUUCAUCGACUGCAUCACGCUCAUGUUUAAGACGACCUCACCCAUGCUGUACGUGCCGCCGGAGCUGCUCAGGAGACUGGGAUCCAAAGUGUGGAGGGACCACGUGGACGCCUGGGAUGGCAUUUUCAACCAAGCUGACCGCUGCAUCCAGAACAUCUACAGACAGCUCCGCCAGGACGCAGGUCAGUCCAAGAAGUACCCUGGAGUCCUGGCCAGUCUGCUGCUGCUGGACAAACUGUCUAUUGAGGACAUCAAGGCUAGCAUUACAGAGCUAAUGGCUGGAGGAGUGGAUACGACCUCCAUUACUCUUCUGUGGACUCUGUAUGAGUUGGCACGGCACCCAAACCUCCAGGAGGAGCUGAGGGCGGAGGUGGUCAAGGCUCGAGCGGAGAGCCAGGGAAACAUGCAGGAAAUGCUCAAGCACAUUCCUCUGGUCAAAGGAGCGCUCAAGGAGACUCUGAGGUUACAUCCAGUUGCUGUGAGCUUGCAGAGAUAUAUCGCAGAGGACAUCAUCAUUCAGAACUACCACAUCCCCGCCGGGACCCUGGUGCAGCUCGGUCUGUUUGCAAUGGGGCGGGACCCUAAGGUGUUCUUCAGGCCGGAGCAGUACCUUCCAUCUCGCUGGCUCCGCACAGAGACGCAGUACUUCAAGAGCCUGGGCUUUGGAUUUGGGCCUCGUCAGUGCUUGGGCCGAAGGAUCGCAGAGAUGGAGAUGCAGAUCUUCCUCAUUCAUAUGUUGGAGAAUUUCAAAGUAGAGAAGCAGAGGCACCUGGAGGCCCGGAGCACGUUUGAGCUGAUCCUCGUUCCAGACAAACCCAUUAUUCUCACACUGAAGCCUCUCCAGAACAGCCAGCAUGUAUAA